AUGAAGAUCGAAUACCUCUCCAUCGGGCUGCUGUCCCUCCUCACGCCACUGAGCGCGGCAUGGAGUAAAGAAGAUCGUGAAAUCUUCCGCAUCCGCGACGAAAUCUCCUCGCACGAGUCCGACCCGGCCGCCACCUUUUACGACAUUCUUGGAAUCUCCCCGUCGGCAUCGCAGGAUGACAUCAACAAGGCCUACCGCAUGAAGACCCGGUCGCUGCACCCGGACAAGGUGAAGCAGCAGCUCAAGGCUGAACGCGCCAGGGCCGCCGCCUCGAAGCCCAGUGGCCGCGCCGCCAAGCCGCCGACUGCAUCCGAGGUCAAGUCCGCCGUCAAGGUUGCCGGCGAGCGCCAGGCCCGUCUGUCUCUCAUCGCCAACAUCCUGCGCGGGCCGUCGCGCGCUCGAUACGAUCACUUCCUCGCCAAUGGCUUCCCUCUCUGGAAGGGCACCGACUAUUACUACAGCCGGUACCGUCCCGGCCUGGGAACCGUCGUCUUUGGCCUCUUCGUCUUGGGUGGCGGCGCCAUUCAUUACCUCGUCCUGUACAUGAGCUGGAAGCGCCAGAAGGAGUUCGUCGAGCGCUACGUCAAGUUUGCGAGGACCACGGCCUGGGGCAACAGCGCAGGAAUCCCCAACAUCGAAUCUGCCUCGGGCCCCACCCUUGGUUCUACCCCUGGCACCUCCACCCCCGUGGACGAAGAUGGUAUGCCGAUGGCCAUGAACAGAAGGCAGAGACGAAUGCAGGAGAGGGAAACCAAGAGGGAGGACAGCCGUGGACGGGUCAAGAGGCUCCGCAAGGCCCAGAGCGUGUCACGAGACCCUUCCUCGAACCCCGCCCCAGCCGGCGCGCGCCGCAGGGUCGUUGCCGAGAACGGCAAGGUUCUCGUCGUCGACUCGGUUGGCGACGUCUUCCUCGAGGAAGAGGACGAGGAGGGGAACCUGAACGAGUAUCUCCUCGACCCCAACGAGCUUCUCCAGCCGACAUUCAAGGAUACUGCAAUUGUCCGACUUCCCGUCUGGAUUUUUAACAAGGGCCUGGGCCGCUUUCUGGCCAACGGCGCCGCCAACGCAGACGGCCACGCCCAGGACGAUUCCGACACACCGCAGCACACGCCCACUGGUACCGACUCUGCCAGCGAAGACUUUGAGAUGCUCGACAAGAGUACCGAAUCUCUCAGCAAGGCCAAGGCAUCUGGCUCUCAGAAUACCGGCAAGGCCAACAAGAGACGGAGCAAGAAGAGGUAG